UCCGGUCAGUUGCCUAUGGGCAUCUGUGAGCACUUACGGCAUAAUCAUUACGAUUUUCGGUUGAGCUAUAAAUUAUAUUAGAAUUAAAAUUUUUUAAAUAGUUUCUUAACAGUGUUUUGCAUUUAGUUGGAAAUAUUUACAUAUAACGUUUCAUUCGUGAAUUUGUGAAGGUAUUUAGGUAUUAAGUAUUAGGUAUGAAGGUGAAUUAGAAUCUUAUUCACUGAUCUUUAUACAUCAUUGGAAAGCAAAAUACAGGAAGUGAAAGGUGACACAGUGAACGAUCAAUAAUCCUCCAAUCGCUUCGCUCCUUCGACUGGUCCCUAUCAUUCGCCAUCGUGGUAUGUAGAUGAAGUAGUAUCUACAUGCAUGUUGCGAUCCCGACAGAGCGAGGAUAAAGCUCACGAUCUCUUAAGUGUACCGGCUACAUAAUUUAUGCACAGAAAACGAUGGAGAGAAAGAAAUCUUCGGCUGAACCCGUCAAGGAUACGGAAUACGGAACCGUUAAAUAUACAGACGGACUCACUUCGUCCUGGAAAUUUUGGCAAAAGAGAAGAUAUGUAGUCGGAGUAUUAGCAUUUCUCGGAUUUUUCACAUCCUACAUCCUUCGCGUGAAUUUAAGCGUGGCCAUCGUUGCGAUGAACGCGAAAGUUCGUAAAGUCAAUGAAACUGGAGAGAAAUAUUUUGAACCAGAAUUUAAUUGGGACUCGAAGACACAAGGACUAGUAUUAAGUUCCUUUUUUUAUGGAUACAUAAGUACCCAAUUACUUGGAGGAUGGCUUGGUGGACGUAUUGGUGGGAAAAGAGUUUUCGGACUCGGCAUCGCUGUCACAGCUUUUCUCACGAUUAUCACACCACCUUUAGUUAGAGUGAGCGUGUACAUUCUGGUCGCUUUGCGAAUUGUGGAAGGAAUUUGCGAGGGCGUGACGUAUCCUUGCAUACACGCAAUAUGGGCACAAUGGGCACCUCCUCUAGAGAGGUCAAAACUAGCUACCCUUGCAUUCUCCGGAAGUUUCUUUGGGACGGUAUUUGCAAUGCCAGUUGCCGGUUUGAUGGCAGAACACCUUGGCUGGUCUUCCGUCUUUUACGUUUUCGGAACAGUUGGCCUUGUUUGGUUCUUUUAUUGGUGGAUAAUCGUACAAGAUAAGCCGGAGGACGACAAAUACAUUUCUGAAGCCGAACUUGCAUACAUUAAAAAUAGCCUUGGAAAUUCGAAAGCAGAUAAAAUUACGCAUCCGUGGAAAAAAAUGCUCACCUCUGCACCAGUCUGGGCGAUUGUCGCAGCGCAUUUCAGUGAAAAUUGGGGUUUCUAUACCAUGCUAACGCAAUUGCCAACAUUUAUGAACGAUGUACUCGAUUUUAAGCUAGACAAAACUGGAUAUUUAUCCGCUCUUCCAUAUCUGGCUAUGACUAUCGUCGUUCAAUUUUCUGGACAUUUAGCAGAUUAUUUAAGAACGAAGAAAAUUUUGACGACUACGCAGGUGCGUAAAUUCUUUAAUUGUGGAGCGUUCGUGUUUCAAACAAUAUUUAUGACUUGUACAGGACUUAUCUUCAACCCGAUAGGAGUAGUUAUUUGUAUCACUAUAGCAGUCGGUCUUGGUGGUUUUGCUUGGUCUGGUUUCGGAGUAAAUCACUUAGACAUUGCUCCUAAGCAUGCAAGCGUCCUUAUGGGAAUAGGAAAUACUAUUGCCACGUUACCUGGAAUUGUGAGUCCUAUUCUUACUGGGUACAUUGUACAGAAUAAGAGCCCUUGGGAAUGGAGAGUAGUUUUUAUUAUUUCCGGUGCAGUUUACAUGAUCGGAGCCGUGAUAUAUGGUUUAUAUGCAUCCGGUGAGAAGCAACCUUGGGCAGAAGAACAUGAAGAAACAAACAGGGAAACAAAGAGAUCUUACGAGAAUCCAGCGAUGGAGGUAGAUAAUUUAUAAUCAAUUAAUUAAGGAAUCUGUAAUAUAUGUAAGUGUAUCAGUAUUCACAUAAAACAGAUCAGUAUUUAUUACACUUUUAAAUAUAAAAUAAUUGUGCUCUAUACUUUCAUCAAAUGUAUAUUUAUACAAAAAUAAUUUGUUUUGCACAAUUUUGUAACUUACAAAUUUUAUCUAUAUCAUACAUUGUUUCUCUAAAAUUAAAUUGUAUUUAUAUUGUAUGAAUAAAUUCAUAACAAUUCGUUGUCACUUUUCACCUGACUGUUUUUAAUAUUCUUUCUAUUUAAGCACAUUUUACUAUUUAUCAUAAAUUGUUCAGAACAGAAAUGCAGGCAGAGAAAUGUAUAUAUGUAUAAUAAGAGCUUGUCAAAAUGAUAAUUAAACAAUUCUAAAUACCAGGAUCGGA